CCCGUCGAACAGGCUUUGGCUCGCUGCAAAAUCGAAAGUGAAAGUAGAGCAGCAGUCCUCUUUUGCAUGCCCCCCUCGGUUCUGGUUGUUUCUUAACAUUUUGGCCAGUGAAAGUCGGUAGAGACUGAUUCCAGACCAGAUCGACCCUCCUGUGCUGAGAUUGAAUGGGUGUCUAAUUCCCCGCGUCGUCUGGAAGGACCUAUCUCCGGCUGUUUGGCGGAUAUAUUCCUGAUCUUUACAGAGAGGAGGAGACACAAUGGAUAAUCCUGUGAUUGCCGUUUGGUUUCUGGCGCUCUUUUGGCCAAGCUGUGCUGCUCCCGUUUCAGAGACUCUCACGGUCUCAGUUAGGUCUCCUGUCUCCGUCCAGAGAGGCCAUGUCGCUACCUUACCCUGCUGGCUCACUUCCUCUCAGAGUGCAGAAGAUAUGGAAGUACGCUGGCAUCAGAAGGAAACUCCACAAGGGAAUGAGUUUGAUACUCCGAUCCUGCUUUAUAAGGCAAAAGAGUUUGACUAUACAUCCCAGAAAGCUUCGUACGCUGGCAGAGUCUCGUUUGGCUUAAAGGAAGGAACAUCAGGUGGAUUAAAGACAGGUGACAUCAGCCUGAAGCUGCAAAACGUCACACUUGAAGACACAGGAAAUUACAUUUGCUUUGUCACCAGCCUUGCAGAUUAUGACAGUGCAUCUGUCAGUCUGAUCGUGACAGAAACCGGGCGUCCUCCUCUCCUUUCAGCAGUGAUGAAAGACGAUGACAAAGUUAAUGUGAGCUGUGAAUCUGAAGGCUGGCAUCCGAAGCCUGAGCUACGCUGGUCAGACAGGACAGAGGCUCUCACUUCUGCCGAUGUGUCAUUCAGCAAAACCUCGGCUGGUCUUUAUACAGUCCGCAGUUGGCUUCUGGUCCCCAGUUCGUCUGAGGUCUCCUGCGCUGUUGGGCUCGCCAGUGAAGAGCCAAAAGAGGCUAGAAUACACCUGAAAUAUUCUCCAUCAUUACCAGAAGAAUCUGGAUCCUCCUCGGCUGGAUGGGUGGCCUUUGGGAUACUUCUAGCAGCUGUAUUAGCUGCAUCUGGAGCCCUGUACUUCCUGUACUUCAGACGGAAAGCUAACAAACCAAGAAAUGACACAACUGAUGGGGCACAACACAUGAACAGUCCUGAUGAGAUUGAACCACUUUUGUCUAAAGCAACAUGGUCAUCAGCAGCUCUAUCAGAGGCUUCCAAGCAUUAUGUGAAUGUUCAACUCGAGGACACAGGCAAUCACUGGAUAAAAAUCAGGGGUUAUUUUCUGAGAGAUAGUGGUGAUGCAAAGCCUCCAGAUGGAGACAGAGUUACCUCCCUCACAGCAGUCAGAGGAUCUCCUGGCUUCACUUCUGGGCAACACUACUGGGAGGUUUCCUUAGCAUGUUCAGAUUUAGACCCCAAGAAGUCCUGGUGGAUCGGAGUUACAGAUAAACAACAAAUCCCUGAUGAUAAAAGUUUGUCUCCAACCACAAAUAAUGGAUUUUGGUUCCUGUCUUCUUGCCCCAACCAAGAGCGUACCGUUCAGUUUAACACUGACCCAGAGGUAUCUUUUCUUUUAGAGUCAAGACCUAAAACAGUCGGGGUGCAUUUGGACUACGACAAUGGAAAGCUCUCCUUUUAUAACGUUGAAGGUAAAUGUCUAAUUGGAUCUCUGGCUGCUAAAUUCACAGGAGAACUGUUCCCGCUAUUUAACCCCGGGAAAGGUGACAUACCACCUAUGGAGGUGUUACAGAGAGCUGAGGGGGUUCAGUCUAACAACAUUAUUACUGAGGGACAAAUACUGAACGCUGAGCAGGAUCAAUCAGUUAUGCCUGGAGAAUCAGAGGCAGAAAGUUAAAAGUAGAACAAUGAAAGGAACGCUGUGUAGGAUAAUGUUGUC